AUACUUUCCGCUUUUCCAAUUUUUCCCUCAAUUUGUUUGGGAGAAUCAUCUGUUACUAUUCCAGUUUUGAGCUCAAUCGAUCCGUCUCCACCAUGGAUUCAGGCGAUGUCAACGCGCCACACUCAAUGGGUACGACCAUAAUCGGCGUCACCUACGACGGCGGUGUUGUUCUCGGUGCAGACUCUCGCACCAGCACCGGAAUGUAUGUGGCGAAUAGGGCAUCCGAUAAGAUCACGCAGUUGACAGAUAAUGUCUAUGUCUGCCGCUCUGGCUCAGCAGCAGAUUCACAAAUUGUUUCAGAUUAUGUACGUUACUUUCUCCACCAACACACGAUACAACUUGGGCAGCCUUCCACUGUAAAAGUUGCUGCAAACCUUGUCAGAUUAUUAUCUUACAACAACAAGAAUAUGCUGCAAACUGGCUUGAUUGUUGGUGGAUGGGAUAAGUAUGAAGGGGGUAAAAUUUAUGGAAUACCUUUGGGAGGAACAGUUUUAGAACUGCCUUUCACUAUUGGAGGAUCUGGCUCGUCCUAUCUGUAUGGUUUCUUUGAUCAAGCAUGGAAGGAAGGGAUGACGCGAGAAGAAGCUGAGCAAUUAGUUGUGAAGGCAGUCUCUCUUGCCAUUGCUCGGGAUGGUGCCAGUGGUGGUGUUGUUCGGACAGUGACUAUCAACAAAGAUGGCGUUACUAGAAAGUUCUAUCCUGGGGACACCCUCCCUCUAUGGCAUGAAGAAAUGGAACCACAGAAUUCACUGUUGGAUACUUUAUCAGCUGCAAGUCCUGAACCAAUGGUCAGUUAAAUGGAAGCCAUUUCAGACAGCUGCAGUUUUCUGGCAGUAUGUGCUCAUCAGCCAAUUGCAUAUGCCGGACUUCAUCUAUCUGUUGCGUCUCGGUGUACUCUCCUAGAAUUAAAUUAAUUUGUUGGUGGUUCAUGAUUUUCCAGCAAAACUGUGUUGUACUGAGAUUUACAUUUGUACCUAACUACUGCUGCUUUGUUACUUUGUUACUGCAUGCUGAAAUUAAGUAUUGCUAUUGGGAGACAUUUUUUCAAGAUUAAAAAAUUUACUUUAUGCUAUUCAA